CGUACAUACUGGACAUGUUAUUUUAUACGAUGCAACCCGACUGUCAUUAAUUUGAGAGUGAAAAGAAUUCCUAACUUAUUGAAAUUGUUUGUUUGUUUCUUCAUACAUUGUGUUCAGUGAGUGAGUGUACAAAAUUAUAUGACAGGGUGUUUCAACGCCACGCUUAACACUGAAGGGUUUCGACGCAUCUUCUGGCGCCGUGUUCAACCUGCAGAUCGCGUGCAUCGCUCAUCGCAGUUGGCGCUGCCCGUCGCAUAGCAGUCAGAAUAAACAAACGACUAUCGACGAAGCUAAAGCUGAGGAUAGCAUCAGUUGAUCGCCGUAGUUGCGCACAAUGUUAAGCUGCCGCAAUGAGGAAUUGACCUUAACGUGAUUUUUGACUGGAUCUUCCGGGUUUCCUUAUUAAAUUAUUUCGCGUGUGUAGUGUUACAAGGACAUUGAAUCACAAAUGAUCAUGGAGAUGACAAUGCCAAACGAUGCGGCUGUUGGUAGGUGGUACGAGUCACAAAGGACCGGUACUACUGGCAGUCCUGGACAAGGUAAUUUGGAAAGUGGUGCUAGCGUGGACAUUAACAGUAGUGUGGCCGAGCAUAUGGGAGCUUUUUUUCUGGACCCGUCGGGCAGCCAGAGGGCCAGGUAUUACCAUCAGAGUAUGCACCCUACAUAUGGAUCUGUAGCUAGUCAUGCAUCCCGUAUGUCGUCAGGCCAGAUGUGCCGGCCCCAUUUCCACACCCCCCUGCACCCUUGGCUGUCAGACUCGAAACCUCUGGCACAUUCAGGACCCUGGGUGCCGUUCGGUGGAGGAGAUCCCGACAAAUCCCAGAGCCCCAGCUCUGCGCCCUCCCAGCACCACAACCUCUUCGCGUUCCCUCCAACACCACCGAAAGACAGCACGCCGGAUUCGGUGGCGCCCUCUGCCGGUUCGGAGUACCAGAGCGCGGUGGCAGCCGCCAUGGGGGCCUUCAUGCACGAGAACCCUCAGAGCUGCGCCUUGGACAUGAAGCCCUCGUCUGGUUCCAGUUCGAACAAGCAGCGUGAAGGUAGUGACUAUGAAGGGGGCUCCUCCGGCAUGUUCAAUGGUAACUUUGAAAGUUCGUAUGGGUCUGCGUAUGGCCACGGUAUUCACGGGGCAACGUAUUCGCCACAGAACAAACCACAUUUGACUGCCCAAGGCGCCCAGUCACCUAAUAAACCUAGAAACAAGUCGAGAACCAGCGCCGAGGGACGAGAGUGCGUGAACUGUGGGGCAACUAGUACGCCGCUGUGGAGAAGGGACGGCACUGGACAUUACCUGUGCAACGCCUGUGGACUGUACUACAAAAUGAAUGGACAAAAUAGACCACUAAUCAAACCAAAGAGAAGACUGAGCCUACAAAGUGCAGCUAGGAGAGCCGGAACAAGUUGUGCGAACUGUAAAACAACGACGACUACCCUCUGGAGGCGCAACCAGAAUGGAGAACCUGUGUGUAACGCAUGUGGACUGUAUUAUAAACUACACAAUGUGAACCGGCCCUUGACGAUGAAAAAGGAAGGAAUCCAGACCCGCAACAGGAAGCUAUCGUCGAAAAGUAAAAAGAAGAAGAGUGGCAGUUCCUGUUUAUCCCUAGGAAGUAUGAUGGGCGACAAAACGGGCUUUGGAGGAGGAGGCUUCGGUGGGGGUAUGUCUGGAAGUCAUCACCACCUGAACGCAGCCUUACAUCCGCAUCAUCCGAUGAGCCAGUGGUACCACCAUAGUACGCACCCCCAAAGCUUCGUUUCAGGUCCUCCUCCCCCUGCACCUCCCCCAACAGCCUCAUAUCAUCACCACAUGAGCUCUUUAUCUGCAGCGGGCCUAGGACUGACGUCGAAUGGAAUGACUGGAUGGAGAUCAGACUACUCGUGAUAAAGUGACCAAAAAUGUGUAUAAAUGUAAAUAUUCAAUAUGAUUCGUAGAUAUUUACGAUUUUCACUAUUUAUCGAACUGUGAAUACAUGGUAAAAUAAGUAGGUUCGAUAAUAAUAUUAAUUAAAAUACACCACUACAUCAGCGUCAUCCUCAAAAUAAGACUCACAACAAACGAAAUUGAAAUAAAUGUUGCUCAAGCAAAAAAUUAAACCCUAGAAAAUAGGGGAUGAUUUUUUCAGAUGAGAUUUUCACCACAACACUUACUUCGGUAUCACAAAACUUUCUUCAGGUAGGUGAUAUUGAUACUGAGUGGCAAAAAACUCAUCUAAGUGAAAAUCUUGGCGAUGUUUUUUGAAUUUCCCCCCAGAUGAUAAUCCAAUAUUUGGUUUUGACUGCACUCGAUUAUAUUUCCCUUUUAUGAAUAAAAACUUCUUCUCCUAUAUAAUUUCCUCAAUAAUAAAAUGUUCAUAGUUUCCAAAAAAAUAAAAAAUUUCUACAAAGAAAUUAACAUUAUGUACCAUUUGAAGAGCUGAUGUUGUGGUGUUUAUGGGAUGUUGUGAAACUGUGAUAUACACAACCUCAAAAUAAAUGGACUCUGAAGUCUGCAUGACAAUGGAGUGAAUAUGAAAGUCGUUCGAGAAACCGAUUUAUUCUAUUAUGUACAAAAUAUCCAGAAUAGUGAAAAUCAUGUUUCAUAUAAUGUAAAAAUUCAUUGAUCGUGAUUGGACAUUUGGGUCCGCAAAUUGAAAUGGAAUCCUGAUUGUGCAUGUAUAGUAAAAAUUCCGACGAUUUGCGACCAACUUUAUAUAAAUUAUAAAUAUAUACAUAAGUACAAAACAGUUGUAAUCUAUUGUAAAUAGAUGUUAUUGAAUUAGAAGAUUUUUUAACUCGUGUAUAAUUUCCGAAAUGUGCAAUUUUCACUCUGUAACUAUUUGAAAUUAUAAAUAAUAAUGAUUCACUGGCACUGAAAGAAUUGAAAUAUAUUUGACUGGUGCCCUCUAAAUUGUAUAGUCAAUUUUAUAUCAGAGAUAAACUUACGCAAUUUACGUAUACUCCCAAAGAAUUUUAUUAGUUCCAUAUAUCUGAAUUCUGCUGAAUGGAAAUAAAAACUAACAAAAAAUUGUUUGGAAUUGAUGAAUUAUGAUUUCGAUAGAAGUACAAAUUUGAAGUAAGUUUUACUCAAUUUUUUAUUUAUUGCUUAUUAAUAGGGCAUUAAAUGAAUCGCCAUUAUAUAAUACGAAACUUUCGUGCUUGAAUUAUUCGAAUACAAGCUAGAAAUAUUCGUGUUUGAAUUUGAAUCAAUUGUAUGAUUUACAACAAAUAUUGUAAUUAAAUAUAUUGUAUUCGUAAAAGUAAAUGAACUGUAAAUAUCGAUGUAUAUGUGUGAAAAAAGUAUUUAAUUCAAGUAA